AAGAGAUGUCUGAAAGCCCAAAUCUACAUAAUAUUUCUGCCAAAAAUCCUUCUAUUUUUAAGCUUCUCAAAUUAUGGAACCGGACCAUCGAUGAGACAGAUUCAGACUCAUCCCUUCACAAAAUGUCAAGAGACGAGCCAUCAAGAGAUAUUUCAGCCAAAAUAAUCAGACUCGAUACAAGAGAGUUCAAGAUAUAUGACUCCAAUCGGGUUUUGAAGGAUAACUACAAGCUAUCAAGGAACAGAGGAGUAAUCUCUUCAACAGUAAAGGGAGUCAAGAAGAGGAUCAAAAGCAACUGUAACCUGCCAGCUGUGAAGACAUUUCAAAAGCCUCUGCCACCACCUUCUGGACCGUGUCAAGAUAUUUCUUCUAUCAAAGAUUCUUUUCAUAAUGGGUCAACGAAGAGUAUCAUUAACUUGAAGGAAUGCUCAAGAUACUCAAAGCUCGGCAACCAGAAGUAUGACACAAAAGGGAUUGUUCAUUUCAAUAACUGUGAUCACAAUGUGAUCAGAAGCUCACUAAGAGCCAAAGGAUAUGGAGCCUUGAAAACGUUGCAAGAGCAAGGCUCUUUGUUUACCAUCGCAAAGCCUCAGCCUUAUAAGACCAAGAGUAAAGUGACUUUUCAGUUAAAAAAACCAUCCAUAAUUUCCAUCAAUAGUGAAGAUAACCAAGAAAUCAAAUAAAGAUAUGGUUGAAUACUUCAAACAGAGGCUGAGAAACCACAGGAAGAAGAGACCCUCCAGGUUCAAAUUCUAUAAAAAACGGAAAGCGAGCCAGAUGGCAAUAGCCAAACUAGCUUUCAAGGAUGCCAAAAGCAAGGCCAGACUUGCAAUGUCUGAUAAGACUCUAGACAAGUUUGUCAACAGGCUUGUUGACUAAUAUAUUAAUUUACU